UCACCACAGCCAAUCAGAUUAGUGCUGACGAAGGGCGUGGCCGGCGUGGGGAAAACAGUGCUGACUCAGAAGUUCAGUCUGGACUGGGCUGAAGGCCGGGCCCACCAGGACCUCCAGCUGCUGUUCCCGUUCACUUUCAGAGAGCUCAAUGUGCUCAGAGACACACAGUUCAGCCUGGUGGAGCUGCUGCACCACUUCUUCAGUCCAUCCAAAGAUCUCUGCAGCUUCCAACAGCUCCAGGUGCUCUUCAUCUUUGACGGUCUGGACGAGUGCAGACUUCCUCUGGACUUCGGCCGAAACCCGGGUCCUGACCGACCCCACAGAGUCCGCCUCAGUGCACGUGCUGCUGGUGAACCUCAUCAGGGGGAGCCUGCUUCCCUCCGCUCUCCUCUGGAUAACCACGCGCCCCGCCGCGGCCAAUCAGAUCCCUGCUGAGUGCGUCUCCAUGGUGACAGAGGUGCGAGGGUUCACCGACCCGCAGAAGGAGCAGUACUUCAGGAAGAGGUUCAGAGACCAGGCCACAGCCGUCAUCUCCCACAUCAAGAGCGUCCGCAGCCUCCACAUCAUGAGCCACAUGCCGAUCUUCUGCUGGAUCCUCUCCACAGUUCUACAGAAGCUUCUGGAACAAACAGAGGAACCAGAGCUGCCCCGGACUCUCACACAGAUGUACGUCCACUUCCUGGUGGUGCAGGCCAAAGUCCAGAACAUCAAGUAUCACCAGGGAUCAGGGGAGGACCUUCACUGGACUCCAGAGACCAGGGAGAUGGUGAAGUCUCUGGGAAAACUGGCCUUUGAGCAGCUGCAGAAAGGAAACCUGAUCUUCUACGAGAGUGACCUGAGCGAGUGUGGGCUGGACGCUGCAGCGGCCUCAGUGUACUCCGGAGUGUUCACACAGGUCUUUAGAGAGGAGCCAGCCCUGUACCAGGACAAGGUCUACUGCUUCAUCCAUCUGAGUGUGCAGGAGUUUCUGGCUGCUCUUCACGUCCAUCAGGCCUUCACUGAGUCUGGAAUCAACCUGCUGGUCCAACAAACUUCUUUGUUUACACGAUUAUUUGAAAAAAAGAAUGAACUGAUAUUUCUCCACCGCUCUGCUGUGGACCAGGCCUUACAGAGUCCAAACGGACACCUGGACCUGUUCCUGCGCUUCCUCCUGGGGCUGUCUCUGCCGACCAAUCAGAGGCUGCUGCAGGGUCUGCUGACUCACACAGGAAGUGAACGGACCAAUCAGGAGACAGUAAAGUACAUCAAACAGAAGCUGAAUGAAGAGGGUCUGUCUGCAGAGAGAAGAAUGAACCUGCUCCACUGUCUGAACGAACUCAACGACCACAGUCUGCUGGAGCAGAUACAGAAGAACAUGAGAGAAGGACGUCUCUCUGAUAUACACAUGUCUCCUGCUCAGUGGUCUGCUCUGUCCUUCAUCUUACUGUCCUCAGACUCAGACCUGGAGGAGUUUGACCUGAGGAAAUACCAGGGCUCAGAGAGAGCUCUCCUGGGUCUGCUGCCGGUGGUCAGAGCCUCCACCAAAGCCCUUCUUUGUGGCUGUGGUCUGUCCCCUCACAGCUGUGGUCCUCUGGCCUCAGUCCUCAGCUCCUCCAGUCUCACACAUCUGGAUCUCAGUCACAACGACCUCCAGGACUCAGGAGUGGAGCUGCUGUGUUCUGGACUGAAGAGCGCCCCCUGCAGACUGGAGACGCUCAGGCUGUCUGGAUGUCUGGUCUCAGAGAGGGGCGGGGCUGCUCUGGCCUCAGCUCUGAGCUCCGCCCCCUCCCACCUCAGAGAGUUGGACCUGAGCUACAACCAUCCAGGACCCUCAGCAGAGCUCCUGACCGCUCUACGGGACCAGCGCCCCCUGCUGUCUGUCAGGUUGGAUCCUGCUGGAGAGUGUUGGAUGGUCCCAGGUCUCAGAAAAUACUCCUGUGAGUUCUCUCUGGACCCAAACACAAUUCAUAGAGAAACUCAAACUGUCUGAGGACAAACAGAGAGUCACCUGG